AUGUCCGAAUCGGAAGCAGUCACCUCGAGAACAAUCAGGCGUGAAAGAGUUUCCAGUGCGGAGCAAUCAUCUGACAAUACAAUUACUCCCUCACUUUCUUCUUCUUCUCCUGUUCUUGAUUCGUCAUCGGUUGUUCCUGCUGAAGAAGUAGCGACUACUGCUGAGGAUAGCUCAACAGAGGCAUCAUCUGUUACGUCUUCCGGCAAGGAGGAAGAGACUACCCUUGAGGGAGCUUCAACAUCGGAGGCUCCGUCGGUUACUGAUGGUCACGUUCGGCCCAAAAGAAGUGCAAAGAAAGAUUCUACCUCCUCUGCUUCUGUGCAUGAUGGGUCAUCAUCGGCUGCUACCACCGAAACCGUCGAAGAAACCACUACUGAAGCAGCGGCGAAAUCCUCUACUAAGACCGCCCCUCACAGAGUGGCUAACAUUCGCGUGCGUCAUCGAAGAAGUGUAGAAAAAGACUCCUCUUCCUCUUCUGCUCCUUCGGAAUCUUCAACGACUUCUUCCACGGAACCUGAAGAGACCACCACCAGCACUGAGGAAACCAUCACUAAGGAGAACUCAACGGAUUCAUCAUCAGAUUCCACAACUGAACCCCACGAAACUAGUGAAGUUACCUCAACGUCAGUUGCUCCCUCGAAAGCUUCCUCAAAAGGUAAAGCUGAAGAAUUGACAGCCGUUCAGAUCCGUACCAAGAGAAAGGCAGAGAAAGAAGUGUUUUCUCACAAGUCUCCGUUCCUCAAUUCUUCAUCAGAUUUCCCUGCUGAAGACGAGGAAGUCAUUCUUGAAUCUAACUCAACAUUGAAGCAUCUGUCCACAACUUCGAAGCUCAUUGAUAGUAUCCGCGUGCCGAGAAGAAGAAAUGCAUGA